UAGACUCUUCGACGAGUCACCAUGGUGAAAGAAACCAAAUAUUAUGAGAUCCUGGGGGUUGCCCCAACAGCCACAGAAGCAGAGCUCAAAACUGCCUACAAGAAAGGCGCCUUGAAGCAUCAUCCAGAUAAAAAUGCGCAUAACCCCGAUGCUGCGGAAAAAUUCAAGGACCUCUCCCACGCCUAUGAAAUUCUUUCGGAUCCCCAAAAACGCUCCAUCUAUGAUCAGUAUGGUGAAGAGGGUCUUGAGCAGGGCGGUGCCGGCGGCGGCAUGAACGCUGAAGACCUUUUUGCCCAAUUCUUCGGUGGAGGCGGUGGUGCCUUCGGUGGUAUGUUUGGCGGCGGAAUGCGCGAAACUGGCCCCAAAAAGGCGCGCACAAUCCAUCAUGUGCACAAGGUCAGCCUCGAAGACAUCUAUCGCGGCAAAAUCAGCAAACUCGCCCUUCAAAAAUCUGCCAUAUGCUCCCAGUGUGAUGGGCGAGGUGGAAAGGAGGGUGCCGUCAAGACCUGCGGACCCUGCAAUGGUUCUGGUAUGCGUACCAUGAUGCGCCAGAUGGGCCCUAUGAUUCAACGAUUCCAAACUGUCUGUCAGGAUUGUGGUGGUGAAGGUGAAACUAUCCGUGAUCGCGACCGCUGCAAGCGCUGUCUCGGCAAGAAGACUAUCCUAGAACGAAAAGUCCUACACGUUCACGUGGACAGGGGUGUUAAGACAGGCCACAAGAUCGACUUUCGUGGUGAAGGCGACCAGAUGCCAGACGCGUUGCCCGGAGACGUUCAGUUCGAAAUUGAGCAGAAACCACACCCUCGAUUCCAGCGCAAGGACGAUGACCUGUUCUACCAGGCUAACAUUGACCUUCUUACUGCAUUAGCUGGUGGUACUAUUAACAUUGAGCAUCUCGAUGAACGAUGGCUUAGUGUGACCAUCGCCCCAGGGGAACCAAUUACACCAGGUCAAAUCAAAGUAAUCCCUGGUCAAGGAAUGCCAUCCUACCGCCACCACGACUUCGGAAAUCUUUACAUCCAGUUUAACGUCCAGUUUCCUGAGAAGGACCAGCUACAGAACCUCGAACUGCUCGAGAAGGUACUACCACCACGUUUGACCCAGGAGGCUCCACCACCAGACAGCAUGGUAGAGGACUUUGCCUUGGAGAAUGUUGACAGCAACGGAGGCCAAGCUAGAGCCCAAGGAGCUGCCAGAGGUGAUGAUGAUGAUGAAGAUGGCAUACCGCCCGGCGCCGAGAGAAUGCAGUGCGCAUCUCAGUAAGC